AUGCGCUCUGCGGCGCCGCCGCCCUCCCCCACCCGUCCCGUGGCAGAGUUAUGCCAAGAAUGUGAGGAGCCCGCGAGGGCCAGUGUAGGUCAUGGGGAGCCGCCGCCGCCGCCGCCGCCGCCGCGAGCGCGGCUUUCUCCCGAGCGGGGCUCCGAGCUCUCCCCGCACCAGGGGCGAGCCUGGCUGCUGAGGCGGAGGGGGAUGACGGACCCUUUGAGGAGGACGCUGUCCAGGCUCCGGGGGAGGCGGGGUCCUCGCGCCGCCGGGGGGCCCGGGCGCCGGGCGGCCGCAGCAGCCACCGUGGCGGCCUCUUCGGCUGCCGAGGGAGACGCCGGGGGUGCUCCGGGCGGGCCCCUACGGGAGCGCGCCAGCGGAGCCCGGCCGAGCCUGGAGCGACCGCCGCCGUCGCCUCAGGCGUGGGGUCCUGAGGCGCGGGUCCCGGGAGGGCGGCCGGAGAGGUCGGGGGCGCUCGGGCCUCGGCCGCGCGUCGGGAAGGAGGCUGCACCCCCGGGCCGCGGGCUCACUCGCGCCUCUCUGUACGCUCCGCCGGGCUCCGAGGGCAGCGGAGAGGACGAGGAGGACGACGCCGACUACUACGAGAACCUGCCCGGCGGCUCCCAGCCCGCGCCGGAGCCUGAGGGGGCGGAGGCGGAGCGGUGGCCCCCGCCUCCCCCGGCCGCUGGCUCCUCCCCAGGGGCGGAGGGCGGCUGUCUGGAGACAGGCAGGCUGCAGACCCAGUUGCGAGAGGCCUAUUAUCUGCUGAUCCAGGCCAUGCACGACCUGCCCCCUGACUCGGGCAGGCGGCAGGGCGACCGGGGCAGGGCGGAUCGCGGCUGCCCUGCGGGAGCCCGGGCUCCGGGCCAGCCGCCUUCCCCCUGCGGCGCGGCGGCCCGCCGAGCCUGCCCCCGAGACUGCGAGCGGGGAGGCGGCGGCCGCCCUUGGCAGCAGGUGUCCCCGCCCCGGUCGCCUCCGAAGGAGUCGGGGGGAGGCCGCCCGCGGACUCCUCGGAUGCUGCUGUCCUGCAGCAGAAGCCUCGACAGCCUCCGCGUGGGUGCCAAGCCGCCUCCCUUACAGCGGUGGCGGAGCGACAGCUGGAUCAGGUGCGGCGCGCGCGGGGAACCGGAGGAGCCCCCGCCACGUGGAGGCGGGAUGGACGGCUGGAGCGGAGGCAGCUCCUGGGCCGCGGCGCCCUCCGGCCUCCGGACUCGCAGCUCCGAGGACCCCCGCCGCUCCUCGGGAAGCCGCGGCAAAGAAGACGGCCAGGAGGGGCUCCCCUUCCUCAAACCGCCCGCGGUGACAGUCAAGAAGCUGCAGAAGUGGAUGUACAAAGGACGCCUGCUGUCCCUGGGAAUGAAGGGUCGCGCUCGUAGGACACCCCCCGAAGUCACCCGAGCGCAGGCAACGUCUCCAAAUCUGGGUGCUUUGAAAAUGCGGGAAAGCCAAGUCGUCUCGGUGCCGCCAGACCAAAGAAUUACGCUGACAGACUUAUUUGAAAAUGUCUAUGAGUCUUCAAUGAAGAGAAGAGAACUUGAAGAUCUGAAUGAUAAUAUUGGCUUCAGGGGUCAUAAGCCACUUAAUAGCAUCACUGUGUCAAAGAAACGCAAUUGGCUAUAUCAGAGUACUCUGAGAUCUUUUAAUUUGGAAGAAGAAAAUAAGAAAUGCCAAGAUAUAAGUCAUUUAUCCAUCUCACCCGUUUCUCUACCUAAACUGCAGCUGUCACGACCUUUCCUCAAAUCAUCUGAAGAAUAUUGUACAUAUAUGGUGUGUAAUGCUACAAAUUCUUCAUUAUCAAGAAACUGUUCAUUAGACUUUAAUGAGGAAAAUGAUGCAGAUGAUGAAGGAGAAAUAUGGUACAACCCCAUUCCUGAAGAUGAUGACUUUGGUAUAUCAAAUGCCUUGAGUUUUGGGGAGGCAGACUCUGCUGUUCUGAAGUUUCCUGAUGUCGGAUUGAGAGUAUUAUCUGGUAGUGACCUAAUGAAAGGAGAGCAGCACACUGAAGACUUGCUGUGCUCUUCUGAACACACAGGCGAUGUUCAGACCACACAGUCAAAUGAAAUAAAUCCUAUAGAUUCCACCUAUUCCACAGAGUUUGUGCAGCAGUACAAGCAAAGGCAUGGACACAAGACACAAGGAGGUAUAAUAGUAGAGGAGAGUCCCAUGUUGAGAUCUCCUUUUGCAGGUCCUGGGAUAGUAGCUGCUACAAAUAAGCCUGAUUUGGGAGUUACAGAACCAUCUUCUACAAGCCCUAGCCCUGUGAAAAAAGGCAGUUCAAUUCAUUGGUCUUUCCCGGAUAAAAUAAAAUCUCCACGAACUGUGAGGAAACUUUCCAUGAAAAUGAAAAGGUUGCCAGAAUUUAGCCGGAAACUGAGUGUUAAAGGAACCUUGAAUUAUGGAAACAGUCCGGAUAAUACUCCUUCCUUGUCUAAAUGUAACUGUCAAGAAAUUCAUCAUGCUGUUAUUCUACCUUCUGGGAACACAACCACAGCUGCUAAGAGGAAUGUUAUAAGCCGGUACCAUCUUGAUACUAGUGUGUCUUCUCAGCACAGCUACCAGAAGAAAACCUCUGUGAGUUCUAAGUAUUCCUGCAAAAGUGGUUACCUCAGUGAUGGAGAUUCUCCUGAACUUAUAGCUAAAUCUAGCAAACAUGGAUGUGAAAACAAAUUUGCAAAAGGAAAAGAAAUAAUUCCAAAUAGUUGCAGCAAGAAUGAAAUAGACAUUGAUGCUUUUAGACAUUAUAGCUUUUCUGAUCAACCUAAGUGUUCUCAGUACAUAUCUGGGCUCAUGAGUGUGCAUUUCUAUGGUGCUGAGGAUUUAAAACCACCUCGGAUAGAUUCAAAAGAUGUCUUUUGUGCAAUUCAGGUAGAUUCAGUAAACAAAGCCAGAACAGCUUUGCUCACAUGUCGGACAACGUUUUUAGACAUGGAUCACACUUUCAACAUAGAAAUUGAAAAUGCACAGCAUUUGAAAUUAGUCGUAUUCAGUUGGGAACCCACUCCAAGAAAAAAUCGAGUGUGUUGUCAUGGGACUGUUGUUCUUCCCACCUUAUUCAGAGUGACAAAGACACAUCAGUUGGCUGUCAAACUUGAACCUAGAGGUCUUAUUUAUGUGAAAGUGACUCUUUUGGAACAGUGGGAGAAUUCACUUCAUGGACUAGAUAUAAAUCGAGAACCAGUAAUAUUUGGUGUUGAUAUUCGAGAAGUUGUAGAGAAAGAAAAUAUAGGCUUGAUGGUACCACUCCUGAUUCAGAAAUGUAUUAUGGAAAUUGAAAAGAGAGGCUGUCAGGUAGUUGGCCUGUACCGAUUAUGUGGCUCGGCAGCAGUCAAGAAAGAACUUCGAGAGGCUUUUGAGAAGGAUAGCAAAGCUGUUGGUCUGUGUGAAAGCCAAUACCCAGAUAUAAAUGUAAUAACAGGUGUUCUUAAGGAUUAUUUAAGAGAACUUCCUUCUCCUCUGAUAACAAAGCAACUUUAUGAGGCUGUAUUAGAUGCAAUGGCAAAAAAUCCUUUGAAAAUGUCAUCAAAUGGUUGUGAGAAUGAUCCAAGUGAUUCUAAGUACACUGUUGACCUGCUGGAUUGUCUGCCUGACGUUGAGAAGGCAACCCUAAUGAUGUUGUUGGAUCAUUUGAAAUUGGUGGCUUCUUAUCGUGACGUGAAUAAGAUGACUUGCCAGAAUUUGGCUGUGUGCUUUGGACCCGUAUUAUUAAGUCAGAGGCAAGAGACUUCCACCCAUAACAACAGAGUCUUCACUGAUUCAGAAGAACUUGCAAGUGCUUUGGAUUUUAAAAAACAUAUUGAAGUUCUUCAUUACUUACUUCAACUCUGGCCAGGCAAUAAAUGAAGACUCUUAGUAGCUAAUGCUGUAU